AUGAUAAACAAAACGAGUCCCGCCCCACAACGGCUCCAAAGUUCACGCGAUGUCGCACGGGCUGUUUGCGGUGUAGGAAGCGAAGGCGCAAGUCUUAACGAAUGGCUAAAUCAUUACGUUGGCAACUGGUCAGGCGACGAGCGCAAACCACGAUGCCAGAACUGCAUUGACAAGAACUUUGACUGCAGUUACGGCUUGCAGGUGACCUUCCUUGCUAAAAACUCAUUUACCGUGUCAACGGAUGAGGAUGGUACAAUCCGAAAGAAAGGGGGUUACAGCAAGAUUCAGUUUGUCAAUGAGGACCCUCUCUCGAUUGAUAAUCUCGUCACCCAGCAGGUAUCCUCUCCCGAGUCGACCGGGUUGAAUACUCCUCCACCGUUACCCCCAUCUUCUCCGUCUCGGAGUGUACGGCACGGACAAGAAAGUCACAGGCAUUCCAUCUCCAACCCUGUCUUGGACAGGGAGACACAAAGAGAUGAUGGCCAUACCAGACUUUCCCAAGGAGGAACAGAAUCCAACCACACGUAUCCCGACGUUUACUCCAAUACUCAGAACCGCACAACCCUCGCACCAUGGGAACUCGACGGCCACGCUAGCGCACAUCCGAACUCAGCUUCAACCCUGCCAGUCACUCUCGAACCACCAAUCGCGCAGAGCACAUUCAGCGCGAAGGACGAAUUUGCUGUGCGAGGUCUCCUGGCGCUGGGCACUCAGCCUCUGCCUGCGCCUAGUGGCGGGACUGGCUCUAUCACAGGCGUCUUAUCCGCUGGACCGGACGCCCUUGAGAGCAGACGGACAGGUCCAGACCUGGUUGCUGGCUCGCCAGGGAGGGUACUUGAUGCGGUGCCGCCUAUUUUUGUUGAGGGGUUAUUACAACCGGCGGUAGACCAGGGCAUAUCCGGUCCUACUGCUCACUCAAUCUUGAAUUUUGAUAUGGAGGCGCCGAAAGCGUCAUCCCAUUCCCACGUGCAUGACAUGUCAAACUCGAAUCCAAUUUCUGGAUCAUCGAAGAUGAAACUGCUACAGCAUUAUCGAUAUAACGUUGCGCCAUGGACUCAUUCUCAAGCCAACCAACUAAUAGGCAUCCACAAAAAGCUAGACAUUCAUGACCUGAGCCACCCGUUUGGUAUCACCGCGCUACAGACAGCCGUUAACUCGUCCUCCGGGCGACUUCUCAAUGCACUCCUAGCUCUUUCUGAGACUUGCUUGCGAGUGCAGAAGGGUCGCAAUUAUCGCCACACGGACGUCCAGGCCGAGUCUCAUACCUUCACGCACGAGCUUCAAGGGGCUCAAUCUGAGGAUACGGUGGCGCAGCACUCCGAUAUUCCAGACUUUACUGAGAGCUUCACGAUUGUAAUGUUGCUGCUGCUUUUCAGGGAGCUAAAAGAUCUCGUUGCGGAUGUUGCGAGGGCAUGGGCCAAGGGCAGUGAUGGAUUUGAGCACGACUUUGAAUCUGGGUAUGGGCGUUCGCGUGAUUCUGACUACGAGCCGCUGCUGUCAUUAGAGAAUAAGGCUUACGAACUGGAUUUGGAUUCUGCAAUUUUCUGGAUGUUCUUGCGAAUGGAUCUAGGAAAGUCCCUAGCAAACAAUACUCCUUUACGAGUACACCUGCCAACGCAGUCCCUACCAAACCUGUCUCUCAUUGCCCACACAGAAAACACUCACGAACGAGUUGGCCAUUAUGCCCAAGUCUUGCUCUGGCUUUGCGGGAAUGCUCUGAAUAUCUACCACCAGCAGGAUUCCGACCUUGCCCACGUCUCCCGGCAAGGACCAGGACCAGAGAGUUGGCUCCAGGUCUUCGAAGGGUUGAGCCAAUGGCACUACCUUCGUCCGCAGGAGUUCCAGCCUAUGGUCGAGCUUAGCCAUGAUGGCAGCCAUGGUCUGAAUGCAGGAAGCGAGUUUCCUACGCUCCUAUUCACUAACGGUGCGGGUGCACUGUGUACUCAGCUAUAUCAUACGGCGAUGCUUCACAUGCUGGAAUGCAAGCCGCGAAUGGCCACCGCGCUGCUGAGCCGACACCAUCAACCGCGCUCGCCGGUGUUAUCUCCUCUGUGGCACGCACAUCGGGUGUGCGGGAUCGCACUAAACAAUGACCGCGCUGAGUGCUGGGAUCCGUGUCUUCUGGCGUCGUUCCUCCACGCCGCGAGACAUAUGACCCACGAGUCUCAACAGAUUGAGAUUGUGCGUGGUUUUGAACGAAUCCAGGCGCUGACUGGGUGGGGCGUGGGCGAAUAUCUCACGACUUUGCGCGAGGAAUGGUCCUUCCUCGACGGUGAUGACUUCGAAUAA